CGCCCCUCUUAAGCUCGCACACAGAAGUUGCAAAACGUGCUAAGGAUCAGAAUUGUAUCGUCAAUAAUGAAUUUACCAAUAUCGUUGAACCGGGUAAAGAGUUUAAAAAUGAAUUUUCUACAGAAUUUCCUCCAAAACCUACACCCCCCGAAUGGGUACCAGUAGAUGAGUGUGUUAUCUUCGCAGAAGCGAAAGCUGAAUAUCAUCAAAAUAUGAAUUUUUUACGUAAACAAUGGUUAGAGGAAUGGAUUAGAAAAACUAAAUUGGAUAAAGAGGCUUUGAAACUAGAUUUAGAGAGAAAACAUAAAGAAGGGGUUCUUCGUGUUAAACAAAUGAGGGGACCAAAAACACAUUCUUUACAAAGAUUUACUUCUUUAGCAACUCAUAAGAAAAUGUGUGAGGACGCGCUUAUAGGAAAAAACUCACGUUUUGAGGAACAGAAAUCAUUUGAAAAACGACUUGAAUCUGAAAAUAAGAUAAAGUUGGAAAGACUUAGCAAAGUCGAGUACAUAACACCCAGUAACAUGGCUGCGAAAAUUGAAGAAGCUUUACUUCGGCCUCGUUCGUUUGAUACUUCGUUUGUGCGAGUUAAAGAAAGAAAGGACUACUCCAAUCCUUUUGUUCAACUCUCGCAAAAAUCCAAAAUUCAAAAGCGGAAAUUUUAGAGUUCCAUACUCA